AUGGAUAAAAAAGAGCAUAUCGCUAUAUUUACCACAGCAAGCCUUCCAUGGAUGACUGGAACGUCUGUUAAUCCUCUAUUCCGUGCUGCAUAUCUUGCAAAAGAUGGACACAGAAAGGUUACUUUGGUCAUUCCAUGGCUAUCUAAGAAUGAUCAAGAAUAUCUAUACCCUGACAAGAUAACUUUUGAUACACCCAAAGAACAAGAGAAAUAUGUCCGUGAAUGGAUUGAAAAAAGGACCGAUCUUUUGUGUACUUUUGAUAUACGUUUUUAUCCUGGGAAGUUUUCUAGAAGUAAAAGAAGCAUCCUUGCUCUUGGGGACAUAACAGAGAGCAUUCCGGAUUCAGAAUCAGAUAUUGCUGUUCUUGAGGAACCCGAGCAUUUGACAUGGUAUCACCAUGGUAAAAGAUGGAAGAUUAAAUUCCGCCUUGUUAUAGGAAUUGUUCACACAAAUUAUUUGGAGUAUGUCAAAAGAGAGAAAAAUGGACGUGCCUAUGCAUUUCUUCUCAAAUACAUGAAUAGAUGGGUGGUCGAUAUAUAUUGUCACAAGGUGAUACGGUUAUCUGGUGCUACACAGGAUCUCCCAAGAUCAAUUAUCUGCAAUGUUCAUGGUGUUAACCCUAAGUUUCUUGAAAUUGGGAUGAAAAAGAGAGAAGAACAGAAACUUGGAAACCAGGCGUUUUCAAAAGGUGCAUAUUUUAUUGGGAAAAUGGUGUGGAGUAAAGGCUACAAGGAGCUGCUUGAGCUUCUUGGUGAUCAUCAAAAGGAACUUGAUGGACUUGAAGUUGAUUUAUUUGGCACGGGCGAAGACUCUGUUCAGAUUCAACAAGCUGCUGAGAAAUUGAAUUUAACCAUUAGGGUUAAUCCCGGACGUGAUCAUGCAGACCCUUUGUUUCACGAUUACAAAGUGUUCAUGAACCCAAGCACAACCGACGUGGUCUGCACAACAACAGCAGAAGCAUUGGCCAUGGGCAAAAUCGUCAUUUGCGCAGAUCACGUCUCGAACGAAUUCUUCAAGCAGUUUCCCAAUUGCCGAACCUUCAAGGACGGGGACAGUUUCGUCAAAGUGACACGCCAGGCGCUGACCGAACAACCUGCCCCACUGACCGAUUCACAAAUGCAUGAGCUCUCGUGGGAUGCUGCAACCACAAGAUUUCUGAAUUGUGCAGAGCUAAACAUGGCGCCCGAAAAGAAACCCAAAAAAUCAGAUUCCAAAACCAGUUUUAUGACAUCAUCAUUGAGUUUUAAUAGGAAUCUUGAAGACGCGUCUGCUUUUAUGCAUUUUGUAGGGACCGGGUUCGUGAGCCCUGUCCCGAAUGAAGAACAACGUAAAGAGCUCGGAUUGACCACUCCGAGUAAAAAAGACGGAUUUACCCUUUGGAAAGGUGCAUAAUAAAGUUGUUUAUGUAUGUCUUGCUCGUUUGUUCUUGACUUGCAUCUCUUUAUUCGUUUACGUUGAAUUGUUAUUUAUUAGUGAUCUUGUAAUUUACAAUUCAUUGUGUGAUAACUUGUAUUUAUCUUUUUGACCUUUUGAUUGUAAUGUGAUUAGCAAUUUAGGAUGUAAUUUGAAAGCUAAUGUCCGUUAAUAAUAGACUUUAACAUGACAUGACAGAGCAUGACUGUCUUAUACUAGGUUUGGCAUUGGACUUACAAAAUUGGAAAUGG